UUAUCUCUAAUGAUUUAAAUUGUUACGGAAAAAAACAAAAGGAAUUGAAAUGGAAAACUUGAAAGGGUCAAACAGAAAACAGGGACCUUAAUCUGAAUAGUUUUAGAGGACUAAGACUGGCUCUUAAUUUUGAAACUGAUUUCCAGCAGAAAUCAGUUAAGUCAGGUCCUGAUCUGAUUUUCUGAGUUUGUUUAUUGUUUAAAUGGGAUGUGUGCACUUGAUAAUCUUGGAUAUAAGGCUGAUGCCGUAAUUGGUUAAAAUGUGUGUUGCUUGUUAUUUCUCUUUAUUUUGCUAAUAAGCUUUUCCGUUCUUCUGGGAAUUAAAAAUCCUUUCCUCUUUAGCCCAAUUAAAUUUGUUAAGGGAGGGCCUCUAUGAAAAGGCCCUUCUUUGAGGUCUUUAAGUGGAAAUGAUUGGUUCUGAAAAUUCUUCCCUAGGUGGCUUUUGAAACAUUUCAUAGAUAUUGAAGGCCCAUUAUGAAGGCUAUCGUGAUAUCUUCCCUCCAAAAUGCUAAGGAAUAAUUUAGGCAACAGUUCAGACUCUAAAAAUGAAGACGGCUCGGCCUUUUCACAGACUGAACACAAUAUUGUUGCAGCUUACUUGAUUACGGCAGGUAUGAUAAGUGUUCUCAGCAACAUAAUAGUUCUGGGCAUCUUCAUUAAGUACAAGGAGCUUCGGACACCCACAAAUGCAAUUAUCAUUAACUUGGCUGUUACUGAUAUAGGGGUCAGUAGCAUUGGCUACCCCAUGUCUGCUGCUUCAGAUCUGCAUGGAAGUUGGAAGUUUGGACAUGCAGGAUGUCAGAUUUAUGCUGGAUUGAAUAUCUUUUUUGGAAUGGCAAGUAUUGGAUUGCUCACAGUUGUGGCUGUGGAUCGAUACCUGACCAUCUGCUGUCCUGAUGCAGGAAGAAGAAUGACCACCAACACUUACAUCAGCAUGAUUCUGGGGGCCUGGAUCAAUGGCCUCUUUUGGGCUUUGAUGCCUAUUGUUGGGUGGGCUAGUUAUGCCCCAGAUCCUACUGGGGCCACCUGUACCAUAAACUGGCGGAAAAAUGAUGUAUCUUUUGUUUCUUACACCAUGAUGGUUGUUGCGAUAAAUUUUAUUGUGCCCUUGAUAAUGAUGUUUUACUGCUAUUACCAUGUCGCUCGAUCCAUUAAACAUCAUGCUACUAGUAACUGCACUGAGUAUCUCAACAGAGAUUGGUCAGAUCAGGUAGAUGUAACAAAGAUGUCUGUGAUAAUGAUACUCAUGUUUCUGGUGGCAUGGUCCCCGUAUUCCAUCGUGUGCUUAUGGGCUUCUUUUGGUGACCCAAAGAAGAUUCCUCCCUCAGUGGCCAUCCUAGCUCCACUGUUUGCAAAAUCUUCUACAUUCUACAAUCCCUGUAUUUAUGUGAUUGCUAAUAAAAAGUUCCGGAGGGCGAUGCUUGCCAUGUUCAAAUGUCAGACUCACCAAGCAAUGCCCGUGGCGAGUAUCUUACCAAUGGAUGUACUACAAAACCCACUGAGUUCUGGAAAAGUCUGAAAUAAGAGGAAAGCACACAUUAUCAAAACAUUUGCUUUACUUUUUUUUCCAAUGAUUUAAUUUCACUUAAAAUCUGAGCCCAUUUCAAUCAAAUGCAGACAUAGAGGAUUCUCCUAAUAGACUGUAGAUUUCUCAUGUGUAGUUUGUAAGUUCUUCUGUUGGUGCACUGGCCACUUUAGGGAAUGUUUCAUUGUUUCCUUAUAUGUAAACUUAUUGCUUAUCUCCUUUAAUGAAUAGAGGCACAUGAGAUUAAGGCCUCUUCUCUUUCUCCCUAUCAUGGCAUGUAUUACACUGUACCUGGUAUCUUGCCUGGUCCCUCCAUUAGAUCAGAAGCAACUGCUAUUUUAAUG